AUGUCAUUUCCAUAUAAGCAAGUACUUCUAGUGGGUGCCACAUCGGGUAUUGGAGCAGCAAUGGCGGAUAAGCUUGUCGGAAACGGCGUCAAAGUCGUGGCUGUCGGUCGGCGCCAGGAACGACUAGAUGCAUUUGUCAAGAAGCACGGCCCAAGCAAGGCAGCCUCUGUCCGGUUUGACAUUACAGAUAGGGCAGGUCUCGAUGAUUUUGUGAAGAGGGUUGUUGAUGAGUUUCCCGAUCUGGAUUGUGUGUUCAUCAACUCAGGAAUCCAAAGUCAGAUCAAAUUGUCGGAACCUAGCAGUGUUGAUCUUGAUGCCUUUCGGGAGGAGAUAAACGUCAAUUUCUUGAGCGUUGUCGACAUGUCGGUCAAAUUCCUUCCGAGACUUCAAGAGAAAACAAUCCCGACAAGUUUGAUCAUUACCGGCACUCACCUUGCUCUGAUUCCGGCAGUGACUUUACCAGCAUACUCUGCUUCCAAGGCAGCUCUUCAUGCCUUUGUCUACUCUCUGAGACAACAACUACAAGGGUCUAGCACUAAGAUCGUAGAGAUCUGGCCUCCCUUAGUGCAAACCGAAUUGCACGAUUACAUGGGCGAGGAGAAAGGUCGAUCGAUGGGAAUGCCUGUUGACGCGUUUACCAAUGAGACAUACAAGCAACUUGUUUCCGGCACUGAACAUAUUCUGGUUGGCUCAGUCGGCCUGGAAGAACCAUUCCUGCAGUUGGUAAAGGCAAGACAGAAACAGUCGGAUGAUCUGUCAAAAUUCAUGCUCUCACACCCCUAA